GCACACCCCCCCCCCCCCCCAAUCUCUCCUUCGUGGACCUGCGACCACACCCCGUUAACAGCUUCUCUUCAGCUACAGCCAGAGUGAAACGCUGGGACCGCAUCCCAACGCAGUGCACUCGGGUACGGACUUAAAUGCCACCGACCCUGCUAGGCGCAGGAGCUACCGCUAACCCCGGACCUCCCACCUGAAUCCAGACUUAGACCACUUUCUGGCUCUGCGCCGAGGUCUCCGGCAGUAAGCGGGCGCUAAGCCUGUGUCCCCAGACCACACCCCUUCACAUGGUUUCCUUCAUCAAACCUUUUCUGAUUUGACUGUUACCUUACAUUUUCUUAGGAGCGAUAUGACAAGAAGUGCAGGUCUGCUGGGGGCAACAGGAGCGCCCCUCCCCGACCCCCACUGACUGCCCUGACCAUCACUUGUAACUAGCCAGAUUUCUUGCAUUCAUUAUUCAGUAAAUACACCGCUAAGACAAGGCAAAGUGCCGGACACUCAGAGACUGUAAAUACGAGAGAGAUUCCUUGUAUGUAAGGGAGUAUUUGAGCAUUCAGGAAAAGCAGUGCGUAUUAAUAAUACCACUUGUGCGGUGCUUCAUAGGUUAAGCAGUUUUAGUGGAUAUUCACAACAAAUGUGAAACAUCAGAAGUUAAAUUAUAUAUUUUACAGAAGGUGAAACUGAGGCUCAGAGAAAUUAGGCUUUUGUCCAAGAUCAGGCUAGUGAAGGUCUAAUUCCCGUGAUACUAUUGAAAAGGAAAGAAGAAAACUGAUGUAAAAGGUCAUUUUCAAAUGUGAACUUGAUAAGAAAAUUGUCAGGGUCACUUAGGCUGUGAUUGAGCCUGAAGACAUGGUGUUAAACAAGUGACCUGUUUUAGAUGACUAAAGGUUGAGGGAGUAGCUGAGAAGAGGCAGAAUAAUUAUAUAGCCUGGGGACACUAGAUAGCUCCUUUUUUGUACCACCACUCCUAGACACAGCAUAGUAUGCCCUCAGUAAACAUUUGAAUUGCCUUAAGUUCCACUUUGAAUUGAGUCAGAAAAUCUUUCUUAAACAUAUCCAGUUAAUUUUUGAAAUUGUGUCCUUAAUGUUGUAAAAUAAUUUAAAAAUAUCAUUGACUAAAUAAGACGUAUGUCAGGACUUUUGCCAAUGGACUAGCCAUUAUUCCGUAUGGCUGUUUCCUUCCUGUGCUCAAAGUAUAGUUUUGUAAAAGUGAGAGAUUAAGGAACCAUUGAGGGGAACUUUGCACAUCAAAAAAAAAAAAAAAAAAAGUCUACCAAAGAACACUAUGGAAGAUGUGGGGGGCAGCAGGGAGUAAGGGAGAUGGCACUCCUACCCUCUAUGUCUUGUGAUGAUUGUGCUUAUGGGUUAGUUACACAUAUAAGGAUCAUUUUAGUACUAACUGAUGUAAUCCUCCUUGUGAACAACUCUGUAAAAUACUGCCUGUCUAGCUGCAAAGGUUGAAAAGGGCACAAAACAUUGAUGGGACUAUGGCAUUUUCCUAGGUUAUCCCCUAGUAUUGGUUAUGAUAUAAUAUGGGUACUUCUACAGCUAUGGCACUGGAGGGGAAAGGUGGAUUCAUUAUAUUUACAGAGACCAGAGAAGACCAGAGGGACUUUGCCCAAGUGCUGAUAUGGAGCAGGUGUCAUCAACAGGCAGACCUGUGCAGAUCACUGUGACAGAUGGAUAUGACUUGAAAGGUUUUAAAGGAGAUACUCCAGUUACUUUUAUUCGUGCAGAAUUCAGUCAAGUGGUUCUGGGAGACUCUGCAAAAGUUACGGUUUCUCCAGAAGGAACUGCAAAAUACAACUUCACUAGCAGCUUUGAGUUCAAUCCUGAAGGAGGAAUUACUUUGGAUGACCUCGCCCACAAACCUGUGUUCUUAACUAUGACUGAAGUUUUACCAAAGGAAAAGAAACAGAAAGAUGAGAAGACCUUAAUUCUUGGUCAAGCUGUGGUGGACCUUCUUCCUUUACUGGAAGGAGAAAGUUCAUUUGAAACAAUAAUCCCCUUGCACCCUGUGCCAGGCUCGCCUUUAGAAUCUCUUCGAUCAGGUGCUAAGCAGUGCAGUCUUGAAGUUAAAGUAUUUGUGGCAGAGCCCUUAUUGACCACAGCACAGAUUUUAGGAGGCAAUCUACUGAAGGUCACAUUGGAGGCUGCCUACUCUGUGCCUGAAUCUUUCAUUCCAGUAGGGCCUCUGCAGAACUACAUGGUUGGUCUGCAAGUUCCAUCAGUUGGAGAGAAAGACUAUCCCAUUUUGUUCAAGAAUGGAACUCUGAAGAUUGGAGGGGAAAGAGAACCUGUUCCCCGGCCUAAAAAAUGGCCAAUUGCCAACAUUCUGGCUCCAGGAGCUAAUGACAUUCCUAAUGCUUUCAUUAUUGGUGGGCCCUAUGAGGAAGAAGAAGGAGAACUCAAUCACCCUGAGGACAGGGAAUUUAGGAACCAAGCAGAGUGCAUAAAGAAAAGGAUUACUUGGGACCUGGAAAGUCGCUGCUACCUUGAUCCUCCUGCAGUAGUCAGUUUUCAGAAGCGAAUUGUUGAUUGCCGCUUUUGGCCUGUAGAGAUCACAAGAGUUCCUCUGACUACUGUACCCAAAGGGAAAGCUGCAAAAUUUGAUAAGACUGAUGAUGAAAGUCAGCUUUCAUUUCAUGGUGUGGCUUAUGUGAAUAUGGUCCCAUUGCUGUAUCCAGGUGUGAAGAGGAUUCGGGGAGCUUUUCAUGUUUACCCUUACCUAGACAGUACAGUCUAUGAAAAGACCAAAUGUUUAUUUAGCUUGUUCCGGGAUACUGGCCAUCAUUUGAUUCAGAAUAAUAAAAUAGGAGGAAUUAAUUCUCCAUUGUCUAAACUAGUUGUUUCAAAGAACCUGAAAGAAGAUAAAGCAGUCAAAGAAAAGGAUAUAGAAGGAAGGCCUAGGCCUGGGGAUAUGCAAGCACCUAGUAUAAAAUCUCAGAGCUCAGAUACUCCUUUGGAAGUUGAACCCUCUCUAAGCCACAAUCCAGAAGGACAGCAAUAUGUAGAAGCAGGCACAUACAUUGUGAUGGAGAUUCAGCUGGACAAAGCCUUGGUUCCAAAGCGAAUGCCAGAGGAGCUAGCCAGAAGGGUCAAGGAUAUGAUUCCGCCAAGGCCGCCUCUUACCCGUCGGACAGGAGGAGCUCAAAAGGCAAUGAGUGACUACCACAUGCAGAUCAAAAAUAUUUCUAGAGCCAUUCUGGAUGAGUAUCACCGGAUGUUUGGAAAACAGGUGGCCAAACUAGGGAGUGAUAUGGAUAGUGAAACUCUAGAGGAACAGAAGUGCCAGCUCAACUAUGAACUUAACUGCUCGGGAAAAUACUUUGCUUUCAAAGAACAACUCAAGCAUGCUGUAGUAAAGAUUGUGAGAGAGAAGUAUUUGAAGACAACAUCAUUUGAAAGCCAGGAGGAACUUCAGACAUUUAUUAGUGAGCUCUAUGUGUUCUUGGUGGAUCAGAUGCAUGUGGCCUUAAACCAGACCAUGCCAGAUGAUGUCCAACACGCUGUUUCAACCAUUUAUACAAGCAAUGAACAGCUUCGACUCUUUGCAUUUGAAGCAGAAGUCAAUGAGAACUUUGAAAUGGCAGCAGUGUAUUAUGAAGAGAGGUUGGUCCGUGAGCCCCAGAACUUGGAACACUGGCUGGACUACGGUGCCUUCUGCCUCCUAACUGAGGACAACAUCAAAGCACAGGAGUGUUUUCGGAGAGCCCUUUCCCUCAACCAGAAUCAUAUCCACAGCCUGUUGCUGUGUGGUGUCCUGGCUGUCUUGAUGGAGAACUAUGAGCAGGCAGAAAUUUUCUUUGAGGAUGCUACUUGCUUGGAACCAACUAAUGUUGUAGCCUGGACUUUACUUGGUUUGUACUAUGAAAUUCAAAACAAUGAUAUUCGAAUGGAAAUGGCAUUUCAUGAAGCCUUCAAACAACUUCAGGCACGAAUGCUUCAGGCACAAGUAACGAAGCAGAGGGGCACUGGUACUGUAGAGUACAUUGAAGAAGGAGGGAAAGUAGAAUCCAGUUUAGGCCCUUGGGGAAUCACUAAUGGUUCUGCAACAGCAAUGACGGUGGAAGCGGAAGCGGCAGCAGGACCAAGAGAUCCAUCAUACAUUCUAGAUGAUUUUCUUGAAGAAUCCUCCAAACUGCAGUCUGAUUCACGAGAAAACAUUUUGUCCCUACAAUAUCAAGAUCCAACUAUCAGCCAAAAACCAUCCAAUAUACUUGUCAAAGACAUACCAGCAAAGAAAGAAACAUCAAAAUGUCAAGAUUCAUCAACCUUUUUGCAUCCCAGCCCUUAUGGUGUUUCCCAAACUCCUGCCACCAUCUUCAUGGAGACCAUACGCUUCUUGAUGAAGGUCAAUGCUGUGCAGUAUGUGCACAGAGUGCUUGCACAUGAGCUGUUAUGCCCUCAAGGAGGCCCCAGCUGUGAGUAUUACUUGGUGCUGGCCCGGACACACCUUCUCAAGAAGGACUUUGCCAAGGCAGAGGAAUACCUUCAACAAGCAGCCCAGAUGGACUACCUGAACCCUAAUGUCUGGGGCAUGAAGGGCCAUCUCUAUUUUCUAAGUGGAAAUCAUGCUGAGGCCAAGGCAUGCUAUGAGCGAACCAUUAGUUUUGUAGUGGAUGCUUCUGAGAUGCACUUCAUCUUCCUGCGACUGGGACACAUCUAUCUGGAAGAGAAAGAGAACACCCAAUUUUCUUUCUAUAUAAAAUAAAACAAGAGCAACAAGAAAUUACAAAGCAUUAUAAUGUAAGUAUGAUGGCUCACAUAGGCUUGAGAGAGAAAAAUCACUAUCCCAUUGCAGUGUACUUCCCUGAAAGUUUCCUUUCUGACAUCAUUGCAAGCUGCAUCUGAAUAGAGCUUCUGACUUGUGUAGUCAAGGCAAGCAAUUUCCCUAGGCAAGCAAUUCUUAGGCUAUUUGCUAAGGCUUACCUAUAGUUGCAUCUCUCACAUUGGAGAUACAAGACAAGAAGUAAUCUACUUCUUUUGAAAAAAAUUUUUUUUAGUUUUUCUUAAUGUUUCCUGUAUCACUCAGUGCUAAAAAGAGAUAAGCUAGCAAACCAUGAAGAAACAUAAAGGAAGCUUAAAUAGAUAUUACUAAGUGAAAGAAGCCAAUCUGAGAAGGGUACAUAUUGUAUGAUUCCAACUGUAUGACAUUCUGGAAAAGACAAAACUAUGGAGAUAGUAAAGAAAUCAGUGGUUGGGUUGGGGAAGGGAAGUGAUGAAUAGAUGGAGCACAGAGGAUUUUUAGGACAGUGAAAAUACUCUAAUAAUGGAUACAUGUCAUUAUACAUUUGUCCAAACCUAUGGAAUGUGUAACAUCAAAUGCAAACCUUAAGGUAAACCAUGGACUUUAGGUGAUGAAGAUGUAUUAGCAUAGUUUCAUCAGUUGUAACAAAGGUACCACUCUGAUGGGGCAUGUUGAUAAUGGGAGAGGCUAUGCAUAUGCAGCAGCAGGAUGUAUAUGAGAAAUCUCUGUACCUUCCUCUCAAUUUUGCUGUGAACCUAAAACUGCUCUAAACAAACAAACAAACAAACAAACAAAAACAAUUUAAGGGUUCCUUUAACUUAGAUUGGUCUUUGAUACAACUACAGAUGCCCCAUGACUAACUUAGCAAUACAACAUUUGAAACUUCCAGAACAAUAGCUUAG